AAAGGGCCCAGUAGAAGACGAAAAUUGUAUGAGUAUGUGUGUGUGUGUGUGUGUGUGUGUGUGGUGUUUGGGUGUGUGUGUGUGUGUGUGUUGGCAUUCAAAGUUCAGACCUCAUAAUGUUAGUCAAACAUUCACUUUUACACACACACAUUCAUAUUUUACAAACAGAAGUGUGAGUAUGGCCUGUGGGUGUAUUUGUAGAAAAAAAAAGAGACACAAUCAAGGUGCCCCUUACACACCCAAACGUCCUGAAUCCAUUUAUGACCCCCCCCUUUCUCUCUCUCUCCGUGUGUGUGGGCGGGUGAACAGACACAGUGAGAGACAUGAUUUCAUUUCAGGGCAAGCGUGCACAUCUGAAGAAUGAGAAUGAGAGAGCGAGGGAGGAAGGUGGAGCUGCACAGUGAGAGACAGAGUGAGAGGGGGCCGACUGAGCGCGCUCAGAUGAGUCUAGUUGCAGACAGGAGAGUCAGUCAGAUCUGAGAAGGACUGGAACCGAGGACCAGUUUACAGACACCCAGCAAAUCUUGAUCACUGAGAGGAAGGAAGAGGAAGAAGAGGAGAGAAAGAAACAAAAGGAGAAAAAGAAGAAGAAGAAAGAGGAGGAGGAGGAGGAGCGUCUGCCCAGGAAACAGGUCUGAACUUCCUUCGUCUAGUGUACUGUAUUGAAGCUGCAGGUUUAACAUAUUCUCAGAAAAAAACAGCAGAAAUGUUUUCAUCAAUUGUACAACUUUGCAAAAAAAAAAGAGAAAAAAAAUACAAAAACAAAAAGAAGACACAAAAAGACACAAAUCUGUCAUGGAAAGAGAGCAGAGGAAAUUAUUCAAAUUUCACUCAAAUUCUCCAAAAUGACAACAGUGCAUGGUCAAAGAUGUUUAAAAUGGUCUAUUACACUGAUUUUCCCCUCUUAUUUCUUUUUUGGACUGGUUCACUGUAGAGUUGCUUUGCAUGAGUAGCAUCUCCUCAUUUUUCUUAUACGAGCAUAAGCUGGUGAGUUUCUUUAAGUUAUAGCUGGGGGAUGUUACAUUUUACACAGUUCUGUAGUUAUCCCCUUGAAGAAAACAUCCAAAGCUAUUUAGCAACACACACAUGUUGUGUAGAGUUAUUAGAUGCUUGUCUAAUGUUGCUUACAUUUUGGGGGUGUUACUUUAAACACAACCCUUGAGCCAUGAAAUGUCAGAAAUUUUUUCCUCGACAGAAAAACGCUUAAGGACAUUUAGCCGUGAAAGAAUAUCUUAAUUUACUGUCAUUCUCAUAUUUUUCAUUUUUUUUCACGAAAACCUCAUAGUCAUUAAUGUAUUGAAAGUUAUUAUUUUAUAAAAACAAACAAACAAACAAACAAACAAACAAAAAAGCAUCUGAGUUCAUCUGUUAGGCCCCAUUUCAGUGUAGCACUGGCUGUAGUACGAUUCUCUGCUGUUGUGAUGUGUCUCUGAGCUUCAUAAAGGUUUUUAUCGACGAACAGUUUCAGGUUCCAGUAACAGCUGAGGCAGACACAGAAAUGGUGGUGUAAUUCCUGGACAUGUUUUCUGUCUUUCUAGCAGAGCCGGCCCAAAGCAUAAGCAAACUAAGCGUAAUGCCCCAUGGCCAGUAGGGGACCCCCCAGAGCAAUCCAAAAAAUAAAAGAAAAAAGAAAAAAAUUAAUAUUGUUUUGUUUUUUGCAUGUAUGAGUGAUGCUUUCUGUAUGAUCAAAUAUAUAUUAUUGUAGAAAUAAAAUAAAGUAAAACUGCCGAUAUGUCAAAGCUCCGCUACCGUUAUGCGCUCCCUGCUGUGCAAUGUGCACUAAGCUUCCAAAGCGCAGGUAGUUGUGGGGCAAAACAGGACAUAUCCUUCAGGAACAGAGAAAAGACAGAGGAAGAAGAGAAAAAAAAACGGCAAGAUAAAGUUAUGUUUGCAUGUCAUGGAAUGUUAAUCAAAGAGAUUUGUGAAGGUGUGUGAGUGAUCAACAAUCAAUAUUAUUGGCAGGUAUAGAGGGCCCCAAAAUCAAAUUUUCCUCAGGGCCCUAUUGAAGCUUGGGCCAACUCUGCUUUCAAGACAGCUUGUUUUAAUGACGUCACAAGACUUGACAUCAUGCUCUGCCGUCCUAAUUGGAUACCAGAAGGACAUGUUCAACUCAGGGCGCUUUCAAACUUCCCCUCACCCGUAAAGUCCGUUAACCUCCUCGUCUUUCUCCUCCUAUCUGCUCUCUGUUUGUUCAGUCUGUCCCUGAACUUUCUCCUAAGUUUUCUUUCUCAGGUUAUUAUGUGACAUCAAAGCUGUGUAAAAAGUAACACCCACAAACUGUAAGUAACAUAACAGCAGCUAAUCAGACAGUAGCAAACGUUUAGCUAUAGCAGGAAUUUUCUGUCAAGGCCUUACCUCAAAACCGUGUCUAACCUUUUAUCGGUGUGUAAAGCAGCCUAAGAGUUUUCACAGACACCAACAUGAGAUUAAUUUUUGGGGGGGUUGUUAAUCAUGUUAAGCUACCCUAUAAAUGUUCUGAGCUGACUGAAUGACGGUGAAAGGGAAAUAAGAGAACUCUAAGAUUGCAGAGGACUCAGCAGGUCACAUGACAACAAACAGCCAAUAAGCGGUCACUAACAGUCCUGUACUCCAGGCUCCGUUUAUCUCCUCUAGUGAUACUGCUGUCUUCCAGCUCUCUGACUGUGACUUGUUAUUGUUUUUUCUUUUGUUUGUUGACAUCCUCUCAGGUGGCUGUCUCCAUGGCGACAGGCAUGCGUGCGUUGCUGAGCCUGUGGGUCAGUGUGUGCGUGGCUUCAAAUCUGGACACGUCAUUCCCGCUGGUGAAAACAGGCGGCGAUGGGAGUCUGUUUGGACUGUCGGUUGCUCUGCAUCAAGACCUGAAGACAGGCUCUUACCUGUAGGUACACCACCAUCUCUCUGUCCAACACCUGUCUGCUGUCUAUUGCCCGUUUUUUGUAUCUCUCAGGUGUGUCCAGGUAAAUAAUUGACUUCCUACUUGUGUUGAACUUUGAUCAGUAACUGUCUAGACGUUAUCAGAAACUAAAAGAUUUUGAAGCUUUGCAGCAAAUGAAAACAAAAACCACAGCGAUUGCAAGAAAGUCUGAAAAGAGACAGAAGGAGUUUGAGGUUGGUUUUGCAUCUGAGAGGUGUUCUACCACAAUGAAGAUACGUGAGAAACAGGAAGCUCUUGGAAAGUUAGUGAUGACAGUUUGGUCAGUCUGGUUAGCUGAGUAACUGUCAGCAAACAUUAUUAAACGCCACAUGGAGUUGUAACUGAGGAAAUGUUAUCAACACUGCCAUCAAAACCUGGUGUACGAGUGUCAACAUGAGGCUGGAUGCAAAAGCCAAGAGACCCUCCUUAAAGGGAUAUUCCGUCGUAAAAUUAAUUUAGGGUGAAACACACCGCAACACCGAGUUAGACAACCCCUCAAGAGAUGAAUGUUGCCGACUGCUUGCUUCUUUAGUGUUACCAACUUUAGUAACGACCGCAGGACAGCGAUACACAGCGGUCUCGAGAGCCAUCAACAAACCUUCAACCAUCAGCCUUCAGCCAUCAACAAAGACACAAAUAAUGCUCAGAACAGCCCCUAACUUCAUCAACAGUACAUACAGGGUCCUAGCCACAGCACUAGCCACCAAACAUCUUUUUAAUUUUGCCUGAUUUCUUUAGCAAAGAGACUAAACACAACUCACCUACUCUCCUACAGCAGCCACUUGUUUAUCAUUCCCUUGAAGUAAUAAUCAUCAUAUUAAUCAUUUUGCACUGCAGACGCAGCAGUUCUUCUGCCUUAGUAUCUUGGUCUGAUUGCAUUUCCAUGAGGAAAUGAUCCUAAAUGUUCUUCCUUGAGCUGCGUCACUCCCUUGUAGUCCGUAAUGGACUGGCCCAAGUUCUUGCUACAAACAAGCGGCUGCUGGAAGACAGUGGGUGAGUUGUGUUUAGUCUCUUUGCUAAAGAAAUUAGACAAAGUUAAGAAGAUGUUUGGUGGCUAGUACUAUGGCUGGGACCCCAUAUGUACUUUUGAUGAAGUUAGGGGCUGUUCUGAGCAUUAUUUGUGGCUAUAGAGUGGCGUUUUGGUUGAGGUUUGUUUAUGGCUCCUCAGACCGCUGUGUAUUGCAAUCCUGCGGUCGUUACUAAAGUUGGUAUAACUAGAGAAGCAAGUGGUUGGCAACAUUCAUCUCUCGACGGGGAUGUCUAACUCGGUGUUAUGGUGUGUUUGACCCUAAAUUAAUUUUACGCCGGAAUAUCCCUUUAAGUCCAAGAGGGUGAAUUAUUUGUACCAAGGGUUGUUAAAUAUACAACUACUGCUAGACCACACGAAUGGACCUGUGCUACAGUGAUAACAUUAGCAAGCAAUUACAUUUGGAUUAAUUGCUUUAUAGUUAAAUCCAUGUAGCAGAAUACCAAGCCGGAAGUGUUAAAAGUGUGACAGCAAAGUUUAGUAAAUGAAGAAAAUAACUUCUACUCAAAGAGCAUAUGGUGAUCACAAACAGUCACAAUCUCAUCACAUAUUAGUCACAAUCUUGAUUAUUUUUUACAAACACUGACUUUUUAUAACUCUUAAAUAAAAGUCAGAUUAUAACUUUUCUUCAUUUUCUUCUCUUAAACCAAAUCAAACUUUUCCUGGAGAAAAGACAAGAGUAAAGAGUCUCAGCUGCUGAUAAAGGAGCUGCAAAUAAUCCUGAUAACUCUAGUCUGGUCCGUCUCCUUCGUACCAUCUCUGGCUCUGGUGAACCUUCUCAGUGACGUGUAGGUUCUUCUCCACUCCUCUCCUAAAUGUGUGACUGUGUUUCAGUGUAAUAAUGCGUGUCAUGAGGAAUUCUAUAAAUGAAAAAUACUUCAAACUUGUUACACAACAGGAAUUUACUCACCCACACCCUCACUCACACACACAUACACACACAGAUAGAGAGUCAGGUGGAUGCCCUGCAGUGUUAAUAAUGUGUUUAGACUCUCUUGGUCUCUCAGUGUCUGUGAAAACAUCAGGUAUGGUCAAAGGGGCCUUGAAAGAGGUUUACAGAGAGGGCUUGGAGUCCUGAAAACCAUUGUGCGACUUGGAGGACUCCUCAUUUUUGGAAGUUUUGAGGUAAAAGAAGUGUCCUGUGAUGUUAAGGGAGUUUCUGAGCAGUUGUCUAGGAGCCUUUAGAGGGCCUUGAGUUGUUUUUUGGAGUCCAGCACUGAGCAGAGUGUCUCCUCUUGGUACAGCCUGAUAUACUGUCCCUGCGUUUGCAGUCAGAGAUACAGAGCUAGUGCUGAGAGAGUGUGACCAGCUGCUGUUAAAACUGAAGCCCACUGGUCACAUGAUCUCAGGUCAUGUGAUCUGUUACCCGUCUGCAGCUCUAGGAUCACUCUGGUGAAACAUGAGGGCUCCAAGCAGGAACUUCCAGUGUUAAAAAAGAUGUUUGAGUGUAAGUACUGAAAACUGCAGUUUCUCCUGUGUCCACUAGAGGCUGUGUCUGAAUGUGAGUCAGUCCUUAUAGAGCCCCAUGUAAAAAAAAUAUCCAACUUAACAGCCUGGUAAAAGAGACAAUUUCGGUCUCUAUGGUUUAGUUUUUGUUCAAGACAAGUAUGUCAGGGAUAGUUUAUAUAGAACGCAUACAUUUUGAUUAUAUUUAGACUAAAUUAUUAGGGGCGGAGUCUCUGUAAGUGACAGCUGGGAGCUGCUAGGUGUCUGUUACGUGUCUCAUUGACACUGUGACACAUUAAGAAAUAUGCAGGAAAAUGUUUAGUCAGUAUCAGUGGGGUUUGCAGGUAUUCUGGGAUGAUUUAGAUGUUUGCUGAAGUCCAGGAAGUCCUGGUUAAUGCAACAAUGUUGGUGGUUUAUUCAUUUAUUCAGUCAUUUAUUUAUUUAUUAUGUCAAUGUCAAUGUCAGUGUCAUUGACAUGUUAUUUGUGUUUGCCAUCUCGGCUCCACCCUCAUGAUUCCUCAAAGUUUAAGUUUUACAUGCAGAAAUUGCACAGAGAUGAGACUCAUAUCCUAUAGCUCUGUAGUGCCACUCAUGCUGACUGCCUGAUCUGAUCUGUCAGUUAAUGAAUCGAUCCCUCACUCUCCUGUAGCUCCACCCCCUCACCUUAGGCUCCAUGGCGACACCCACAUGGUCAUCUCCACCUUGCCUUUCUUCAUUCACAAUGUGAGUGGAUAUCCUGGUCCAGGGUGACGAGUUCACACAGAGGUCGUCAGCUGUCCAUCUCUGCUGUCGCCAUGACGACUGCCUCUCUUUGUUCUCUAAUUGGAUUGGCUGCUAAUGGAGCCCUCACACGCACGCACAUACACACACACAAUCACACACACGCACUAAUCAAGGUCACAGGGUCAAUUCGUCCUCUCAUUGGCUUACAGCCCCACCCAUCAGAUGCCUGCCCCUCUCUGAUUGGUUGUACAGAAACAUUUAUGAGUGAUCAAUAUUUAUAUAAAGGUUUCCAAGAAGCCCCCUGGGAUUAGUCCUUGUAGAGGUUCCAGGAGUCCUUGAAAAGUCUGAGUUAUCAUCAGGAAAUGAUUACUGCUCAGACAUGUUAAACUCUGUGACUUCAUCGGCGAAUAAAACACCUGCAGAGAUCAGAUCUGAGGUCAGAGGUCGCAGAAGGACCGGGAUCGGGUGCUGUGUGUUCAGCUGGAAAACUGAUUCUGGGAGAGUGUGUGUGUCUGAGAGAGAGAGAGAGAGAGAGAGAGAGAGUGAGAGUGAGAGAGAGUCUGCACCUGGGACAGGAAAUGAAACCCAGAGAGAGAUUUAGAGAGUAUCGUAGACAUGUAGACACUAACGUACACACCCUGAGGUCUAGGGUCUGAACAGCUGACUGGAAAACAUUGAUGACAGGUCAGCUCUCAGAAAAUGAAGCCAAACAGUUAAGAGCCCCCCCUGCUGGCUGGAGAGAUGUCUUUAUGAGUAUUCUGGGCCUUAGAACCACCUUUAGAUUUGAUCACUUACUGUUUGUAAUUAAAAAGUAAUUCUCAGUCAGUUUUGGAGUAAAGCUGACGUUUUACCCACUCCUUUAACCUUUUUUUAGACGAGUGUAGAACAAAAAAAGACAAUAUUUAGAAAAAAGAGAGAUUUAAAAAAGAAAUGUUCCUAUGCUACAAGAGUAAAGUCGUUAAAUUAGCCAAUGAUUAACAAAUACUCUGAUGAAUGUAGGUUUGUUUAUUUUCUUAGGAGACAGUAGUAAGAUUGAUUUUAGUUAGGAGGACCUUCUGACAUUAGAAAUUGAAUUUCCUCAUUUCAAGUCUGACUCAAACUGGAGUCAUGUAUUCCGUCAGUUGAGGGCAGUGUUCAUUUUUUAUCUGCAACAAAGGUGCCCUGCAGAAACGCAUCCUCUCUGCCUCCAUGCCUCUUUCAUAUUUUCACUGAGUCUCUCCCUGAACCACAGGAGACACAAUCGGAGUCCUCUGUCUGUCAUUGCCUGUCUCCUGUCCUCUGUCCUGUGUGUGUGUGUGAGAGUGUGUGUGUCCCUGAUGUCCUUCACUUUCAGACAUUUCUUCAUUUAUUCCAGGAAAGUCACGACAAUAAAGAUGAACAUGACAGAAAUCAGGUAACUAAAAAAAAAAAAGGUAACAUGCUCCAGGCCAUUCCAGGUGUCCUUGAACACUUCAAGGACGUUUUAAAGGGCUGCCUUAGUGUACAGAGUCAUCCUGGGUUUCCUUGAACCAGGUCCAGGGUGCCUCAAAAGCUCCUGGACUCUCGUGAAACAUUCCUGGUGUCCUGAUGUUCCCUAUUCCCAGCUAAGUAGGAAACUGACAGCUUACCUCACCUGUAUCACCUUUUCUGUUCUGACAGAUUAUUGGUUGGGGCACCCAGGGAAAAGGCGGAGCCUAAUGUUGCAGCUAAUAGGACAGGAGGGGUGUACAGCUGCCCAAUCACGGCCGACCAAUCAGACUGUAGAAGGAUGAAUCUCAUUGACCCAGGUGCGUGAUCAUCUUAAUACGUCUCAUACAUCCUGCACAACUCUUAAAUUUGAUCAGUUAAAAAAAUAUGUCACAUUAAAAUUUAUUAUCCUGAUGUGAAUUUUCCAGCAUCAUUUUCAUAUGCACAUGAAACAGAGUGGUGUCCUCUCCCUGUUUUUGACUCUGCUUUUCUUUAUGACCCCCUGAAAGGCCAGGGGGUCAUAAACCACCUUUGAUGUCUUAUCAUCUGGUGUAGCACCCCUCAUGCAAUGCUUUUUGGGUAAUUUUGGGCAUGUUUUGAAGCACAGUGCUGUCUUAUGUCAUGUUUCAAAAGUCAUGGCUGUCAACCAGAUUUCCUUUAUGUUCCUUAUGUUAACCAGUUUGUUGGCUCUGAUUGGUUUUAAUGGCCAAGCUCUUAACCAAUCACAGAGAUGCAGACCUCUCAGGUUGUUUUUGUUAUUGAUACUAUCUUUUUCCAAGUGCAUUAUGGGUCGGCCAUCACUUAUUGAGCAGGGACAGCUGCCGUCUGUUUCUCAGAGCUUUUAUUGCCCUCUCUCUCUCCCUUUCUCUCUCUCUUCCUUUCUCUCUACCCCCUCUCACUCUUUCUUACACAAACACCAUCUGUGAUAACAAUGCUGUGCCUAACUCACCUUUUUACCUGUUCACAGACCAGAGCCUGUCUGAUGACCUGUUUGAGGACAUGUGGCUAGGUGUCUCUGUGGCCAGUCAGGGCCCACCUGGGGGGCGGGUCCUGGUGAGUCCGCCCUCUCAUGUGUAUAACUGCCCCUUUUAUUGACAAAGUCAAUGUGUGUGAACAGAUACCUGAGCAGACACUCUCACCUGUACAGAGCAGGCGAAAUGUGUUUAUAUCCUGACUGUUAAAUUCUGACAUCAUCUGCCCAAAGCAAAGAACCAGUUUUGUAAUUAAAGCUGAUAUUAGCUGAUAUUUAAUAAGCUGAUUAAUGUUUAACUUACCAGACAACCUUAUACUUAACUUGUUGAUAACCUAACUAUUAAAAUCUGAUUAACUUAUUUACAAUAAAACUGAACAAAUGAUUAACUGAACAACCAGUCUUUUAUCUUUUAAGGCUUGUGGUCAUCGAUUUAUUAAACUGUACGGAGCUUUCCAACUCCGACAAAUGAUUGGUCGAUGUUUUGUCCGUGGAAACGACCUCCAGUAUGAUAUAGAGGACAUGCACUGGCAGAACCAGGACCAGGUCUGCAGGUAGGUCCCUUGAUACGUCACAUAUCACUUUUUCAUGUUACCUGUAAGUUGCCUGUUCUUUGCCUAGCUGCUUACCCAAAUCUCUGUGUGUGUGUGUGUGUUUGUGUGUGUGUUUGUUUAGUCACACAGGUGAUAUCUCCACAGAGGCCUUGUGUACGAUGGGAAUAUCUGCCGCCAUUACUCAGACUGAAGUCAUCACCGGCUCACCUGGAAGCUACCACUGGCAAGGUGAGACUCAUCUGUUGUAGUUUCAUAUUCAUUUGUCAUUUCUGAAACCAUCAACCCUUUCCCCCAGAAUCUUACCCACAAUGUGUGUGUGUCUUUGUGUUUUUGUGUGAAAGGUGACAUCCACGUGUCCUGGAUGAAUCCAGAGGUGCUAUUUCACACACAGACGAGCUCCCUCCGAAACAUGGAUCGAGGGAAUAUUUAUAUAGGUAAACUAUCCCUUUAAUUUGACAGAAAUCCUGGUUAAAGUAUUUCGAACUCUAAUUUCAUGCUGUCUUUUUGAAGUAAACUUGGAAUAAAAUGGAGGAAAUACCAAACUUCCCAUGUUAGUAUCCCAUGUUAAAUAAAGCUAAAAAUAACCCUCAAACAAAUAAAAACUAAAUGAAAAAUACAAAUUUGUGAAUUAUUUAUUAAAACGGAAACAGAAAUAGAAAAGUCCAAACGAAACAACAAUGAAAACUAAUGGAAAUUUUUCAACUGUUCUAUCUUUGGUCAUUGGUCAGCGCACAUUAACGUUAAACUUGUAUGUUUGUGUGUGUGUGUGUGUGUGUGUUUGUGUGUGUGUGUGUGUCUGCAGGAUACUCGAUCACUCAGGCUCUCCAUGUCCUCUCUCACGAUGAAGAAACCAUAGUGACAGGUAAUUGGCUUCUUUAGUGAUCAGUUGAUUGAUUCAAUGAUGUAUCAAUUAUCUGUAUUGAUUCCAUAUUGACACACAGGAGCUCCAAAGGACAACAAAGAUGACGCUCGAGGCUCAGUGCUGCUGCUGGUCAAACAGUCCGAUCAGCUGAUCAUUCGCCAGACUUUGCGUGGCGAACAGACUGGCUCAUAUUUUGGUAAUGCCGUGGCAACCACCGACCUCAAUAACGACGGGUAAGAAGGUUAAAGGUCACAUGAUCAGCUGAGAGUGCUCUUGUGAGAUGGAGGGUUAUGGUUACUUUUUUUCUCCUGCAGGUGGAACGACCUGCUGCUGGGCGCUCCUUUUUACUUUCAGCGUCAGCAGGAGGCAGGUGGGGCGGUUUAUGUUUACAUGAAUGUGGAAGGACGGUUUGAUUCCCGUCCAAGUGUGGUGCUGAAGGGACCGGCAGGGUCGGCUUUUGGUAUGGCUGUUUGUGCUGCAGGAGACCUGAACCAAGAUGGCUUCCAAGGUGAGUAGAGUGAUGGUACACUGAUGAGGAUGAUGAGAAAUACAGUGUGAAAACUCACAAAUACAUCUUUUUCCUGUUUCAGACUUUGCUGUCGGAGCUCCUUUCCAUGAAACAGGCAGUGUGAUGAUCUGGACUGGAAGCAAAACGGGGGUCUCUACAGAGCCGAGCCAGGUGUGACAGCAAUCCUUGCCUCUUUAUUGAAACUCUCAUCCAUGUCUGUAACCCUGCUCCCUUGUAUCUCUGCAGGUGAUCUUGGGCAGCAGCAUCUCUCCCAGAUUCAAGUCUUUUGGGUACUCUCUGUCAGGAGGUUUUGACAUUGACGCAAACAAAUACCCUGACCUGGUGGUGGGCUCCCUGGAUGACACCGUCGCUCUGCUAAGGUCUGAUGAUCCCUCAUUAUUCCAGCUUUACUUGAAGUUAAUUAAGGAACUAUUAAUUCAUGCUGAGUUUACAGCCUGAAAUAUUAGAAAAACACAAUUUAACCAGAAUUUUUAUACAACCAAAUAUCUGUAUUCAUCAAUUCUCUGUCAAAACAAAUGUUCACAAUAGUUUGAGCCACAUCUUAACCACAUUAGCGCUCAUGGGAAAUGCAUUCUUCUUGGGAAAACACCACUAGUCUUUACCACAUUAGUGCUCAUGGGAAAUGCAUUCUUCUUGGGAAAACACCACCAGUCUGACCCACAAGGGUCAAUGGGAAACUCCACAAAGCUUCUUUAAACAGGCAGAAACCUUGAGCCAGAGCCAUUUAAGCAUUUAUCCACAUCAUCAAUGGUGUUUGUAUCAACAGAACAGAAAUGAUUGAAAAAGGGAUCAUUAUACUUUUGACGGUUACAGCCAUAGGUGUAACCUUAACAUUUGUAUUAGCAUUUUUUGUUCCCCCUAAUGGUAACAGAUAUAUUUCUACUGCUGAAACACUGGAAUAUUCUGGUAUUGAUGAGGUGAUCGAUCUACUGUUUCCUCAGAACUCGUCCAGUCAUUCACCUCAAUAAAACUCUCAGGGCUUCCCCGGACAUCGUUGAUCCCAAAAGCUGUGACUUCUGGUGAGAUACCAACCCAACGCUUACAUGCUAACAGCUGAAAGCCUGCAAGCUAACUCAAGAGGUGUUUAUGUGUGUGUGUGUGUGUGUGUGUGUGUGUGUGUGUGUAGUAUUCAGGUGGAGGUGUGUUUCUCCUACAUGUUCAGCACUGGAGAGACGAGCGACAGAGACAACAUCAGUGAGUAAAAGAGUGACAUUUUAUCCCUGAUCAAUUAAAGAUUGGAUGAUUAUGUCAUGGAUAUCAAAUGUUAACCUUUGGUAAUUAUUUUAUUAUGUAGCCCUUUAAUGCUUGACACCACAAAUUAUGGCUGAAAAUUUCAAAAAAUUUUUGGAGCUGAAAUGUUUGUUUCACUUACUGCUGAAAACCAAAAAAAUCUAAAUGUUGUUUAAAUUUAACAAAUAUAUUUAUUUAUCUUGUUUGAUACAUUAGAUGUUUUUGGAAACUAAUGAACUAAAAGAGGACAUUUUUAUCAUUUAUCGGACUGUAAUCUGAUUUGUAGAUGAUACAAAAUGCAAUGAAGGGUUAAUAAAGAUAAUCAGGACCACAACCCUGAUGCAUUGAAACAUGUUGAUAAAGACUGAAUUUGAUGUUCAAUUAAAAUAGUGAAAACCCAACAUAUGAAAUGUUGGAUCUUAAAAAAUAUUACUUACUAUUUAGAAAUAGGCUCCUUUUAAAUUUGAUUGAAGGAACAGGGUUCAAAAAAUUUGGGACAGACUCCAGCCUGAUAAAGGAUUUCAGCUGCUCAACAGUGCAGUGUUUCCUUUGUCUUAUUUUUGUGUUAUGAUGCACCAAAUGUUUUCAAUUGGUGUCAAGUCAGGACUGCAGGCAGGGCAGUUUAGCAGCAGGACUCUUCUACUACAGAGCCAUGCUGUUGUAAUCCCUGCAGAAUGUGGUUUGGCAUUGUCUUUCUGAAAUAUGAAGGUCUUCUCUUAAAAAGUUAAUUUUUUUAGCAUUACACAGCUCUUUACCUGCUUGGCCGUUCCUGUGACAACUUUUUACAAACAUGUUGCUGACAUGAAAUUUGAAAUGAUCAGUUAUUCCAUAAAACAAUUUUUCAGAUUUUUCAUUUUUUCCCUCUGAUUUAUUUUGACUUGCUGUGAGUCGCUUCAUCCAUUAUCAGCUUGUCAAGAUCCAGGAUCAUUAUCAAUGUCACACAAACAAACAGAGUUAGUGGAUGGCUACAAUGUCCUGUGAGGUAAUUCAAUGUUGUUUUCAAUGCAGUCUGAAGGUUUUAUUGAUGGAGAUAAAACAGCUCCUCAGCUGAAAGAGAGCUUCUUCUUCUCUGUAACACAGACAACCAAUCAGCUGCUGUCGCUAACAGAUGGUCAGUUUGUGAGCACAUGAUGCUAAUGAGUCUGUUUAUGGUCAGACCGAUCAUCAUUAACCAGCUUCCUGUGUGUUUUCUCUGUGUGUGUGAGUGUGUGUGUGUGCACUCUCAGCUAAUUGGCUUGAUUGAUUGACAUGACAAACCUGUCAAUUAACGCCUGCGGUUAAUUCACUAAGUGACCCCCCCCCCGACCCCACCAACACACACACACACACACACACACACACACACACACACACACACACACACACACACACACACACAAAUACAAGAUGACAUCACACUGUGUCCUUGUGCGUCCUCUUGUCCUUGUAUCUUGUGUGUGUUUUUUCUGGAUGAUAAAUCACAUUACAGGGUCUGAUAUUACAUCUGAAACGCGCGCGCGAGCAUGCACACACACACACACACACACACACACACACACACACACACACACACACACACACACACACACAAGCACACACACAAGCACAAACACAUGCACACAGAAUAUCCCUAAGGGAGCUCUAUGUGUGUCUUGGUUGUUUCUUGUUAAUUUGUCUGACCAAAGACAAGUCUCCCACCCACACACACACACACACACACACACACACACACACACACACACACACACACACAUACACACACAAUCUACACCCAUCCACACACACACACACACACACACACACACACACACACACACACACACACACACACAAUCUUCACGCAGAUGCAAAAAUGUGAAUGUGUUCAGCUUUGUUUGCUUUACAGAGAGGAUAAAUAUAAUUAUUUUAUUACUGAACUCAAAUAAUUAUGAUUUACUAUAUUUACACUAAUAUAAGUCACCCCUUAAUCAGGAGAUGUUAUUCCCAUUUUUUCCAGCCUUACUAUAAGAAAAACGAUAAAACUACUUGAAGACCAAAUUUUUUUAUUUUAUUUUUUUUAAUAGAAGAGCAGCUUCAACUGUUAACUACAAUAAUAAAACAGACCCGCUGGAUAAAACAAGGCUUUUUAUAUCUUCAAAUAAAGUUAUCAGUUAAGUGAGACACAUAAUUAUCACAUAAGUAAGUGAAUACGGUGUGUAACUGGAUAAAGGCAUUUAUCAAUUACAGCAGUAAAACACAACAAGAUAGUAAAUGCUAAACGAACAAUGACAAAUCAACAAAAAGAGUCAACCAAUAUGAAUAAAAGGAGGUAUGAGGAAAUAAAUGUAAAGAAAUAAAACAAAUAAAAAGCUGAUCAUAGAAAAAAUAGACGAGAAAAAAAUAAAGUAUAGAGUUGAGAAGAAUAAAGUAAGAGAAAAAAAAGACAGAUAAAAUAAAUGAGUAAAAUAAUUAAUGAAAUAAAUUGAAUAUAAGUUAAAUUAAAAUUAAAUAAUAUGAUUACAUUUAUAAGAAUAAAAAAUGGACAAUCAAAAAAAUCUAUCAAAAAACGAGGAAUAAAGGAUAAAAUUAAUGAAAGUAAAUUAAAAAAAAAUUAAAUUACUAGAACAAGAUUUUGUUUUUAAAAUUUAUUAUGAGUCAGUGACCCAUCUUGAUAUUAUUGUUAUGAAAUUGUUGUCUUUAUUCCCCAGACAGCUGAUUUUUAAUGGAGUACUUACAAUGUCUCAUCUGCUGUUAAUACUUUUGUCAGGGUCUGUGUCUUAUGAUGUCUCUUCGUCCAUCUGUCUCUUAGCUGUCCACUACAUUCUAACCGCCGAUGCCACCAGCAUCAAGCCCCGCCUCCGUUUCCAGGACAGCAGGCAGAACGUGCACUCUGGUUACGUGUCCAUGCCAAAGAAACAGUGUGAAACCCUGCGAGUGGGACUGCUGGUGAGACUUAAACACAAACUGAGCAUUCACAAACAUGCACCAAACCAUUAACCAUCCAUGUUAUAGUCAAUGAAAAGUAAUGCAAAUAUAUAAAUAGAACAGUGCAAUAAUAACAGUAUACUACAACACCAGGCCCAGAAUUACAACAGGGUGAACUAGCUCACUUACAAAGCCCUACCACUGAUUAAAUCCCAUUUUUUUUACCACCAAAAGUAAAAUCAUAAACCCCAGUAGCCAUGAAACGAUAAGGAAAAAAGCAGACCUGAACAUGCAUCUUAAAAGCUUUUACAAGGAUCUCCGACAUUUUGACUUUUAAUUAAAGGAAGUCUCCCCAUGUGAGAUAAGAGAUGCUUAUUUUUCGCUGCAGAGGUUUAAUCAGUCUGCUGCUGACAGAGUUCACAUCCUGCUGCUUCUCCAGCAGCGUUUAGGGGAAAAAACACAAAAGUUCAUUUUUCAAGAGGCUGCAGUAAACUCCCAUUUGAAGGAUUCACUCUGAGAGACUGGUCAUUCAAAGAUCACUGAUGGAGGUAUUUCAUGGUUUAAAGAUAAAAGUGUGGUGCACUUUCAGGUUGAGUUAAAGUUCAAUCUGUUCCUGGAUUCCUCUGUCUUGUCUUCUUAUCAGGUCUGGUGUUCUGCCCAUAUUUUUUGCGCUUGUUUGCAGUUUUGAACUCUUGUUUUGUUCGAUUUCAAUCAAGAGGAAAGCUAUGGGAUGACUUGUCCUGCUAAAACCUCAAACUGCUGUUUUUAUUUUGCUGAUUAUAAAUCCUGUUUACACAACAUUCCUGCCAGUUAUUCACAAUAUCAGCUCUCUGAUCAUUCCUGGCUUUCACGUCAUCUAAAUCAACAAGCAGAGACCUGAUAUUCUUAGAGAGGUCAUGUUUUACUGCCAGGUUAUUCAUAUUCUGCAAAGGUCUGAUGUACACUACUCAAUUCACCUGAAAAAAUUUGAGUCGAUUGGUCAAAAAUUGCAACAAAAGGCCCCCAUCAGUGAAUCGUAUGAAGUAUGACUGUCAACAAACAGCAGAUAAUAUCUGUUGCAGUGUCUCUGAAGUUUUUUUUGUUUGAAUUAAAUCAUUUGUCAAUGGGAAAAAAUGGCAAAAAAAUGUAACGUAAAAACGGAGUGGAUUGAUCAAAAUGUGUUCCACUGCCGUGAUUUUGACAAAACCUCACAGUUUUUGGUGCACAAACAUUUCAAGCGUAAUCUGAGCUUAAAUCAGCAGAUAGGGUGAAAGCGUGACACAACUUGCUGUUACUAGGGGAGCACAAUGCCUGUGAUUAAAAAAAGAGUCAUAUAAAUGUCUUCAGAUCUGGACCCUCAACAUACCUGCCAAGUUUGGGUCAAAUUGAUGCAUGACUGAGAUAAAGCUAGGUCCUGUUGUAUGGUGUAGGGCUCACCACAGCAACACUCGUUGUCCAAAAGUCACGUUUUCUUUUUCUACAUUUUGACCUUUAGUGUGUCUACAGUAUACUGUGCCUUUUUUGGAAAUUAUUGAACAAAACCCCUAGCACUAGUUUGUACAAAUACAAUCAAAAAAGGGGGUAAAUUUGACAUUCAGUUCAACAUUGCUGACUUCCUGUUGGGGUUUAGUUGCCAAAGGAAAUUUGUGUAGAUCUUAGUGUGACAAAAUCGUACAAUGAAACUUAUAUAAUUAAUUAUAGGUGAAAACAACCUCUAUGAGAAAAUUUACUUUAACAAUUGUUAAAAAGGUUUUUGCACAAGACCUUUACAAUACUGAAAUUCUGGACAUGCCUGAUGUGUGGCAAAAGCUGGUAGUUUUUGUGGCAUGUUUUGUCUUAACAGUAACAAACAGCAGUUCCUUCCGUGGAAAGAAUCAUGUCCUAAGGUUUCCAAGAGACUCCUAGCAGACUCAGAGCUCAGGCAUUAGUGUUGAUGAAGUUAUGCUUUUGUUAUUUUUUUUACCUUUGUAGAAUCCGAUACGAGACAAAGUGGAACCUCUGGUGUUCUCCUUGAAUGUCUCUCUGUUUGAGAAGCUUCCCAAGAAAAGAAAUGCUGUACAGGACCUCAAGCGCUUCCCCGUGCUGAGCCAGACACCGAAGCCUAUCAAAACACAGGUGAGAACUGACAAAAUCUUUUAGAUUGUGGAUAAAGCGAAUGUCUGGUUCAACAUAAAAAUGGUCAAAACACAUAAGAUCUGGGUGAAACUAAUCAAAAAGCAUGUUAGACCAAACAUAACCCUUCAGGGGUUGGGUUAGAAACACUGCCCAUUCACCAUAAUCCAAAAAAUCCUGGGGAAGACAUGUCACGAAACCCUGGUGAAAUCUGUGGAAACCAGCAGAUCUCCAAAGUCCAAAAUAACUAAAUUUCACUCUUUAUUCAUUAGAUCCACAUCCUGAAGGCCUGUGGUGAUGAUAACCGCUGCAACAGCAACCUGCAGAUGACGGCCCAUUUCACAGAUGAGAACCAAAGACCCUUCCCUAUGUGAGUCAACUACUGCAAACAAGACCAUGGGUUCACUUUAAGGAGACAACAGCUCAAUAAGCUCAUCAUGAAUACAAAUAUAUCCCACUCACCUAGUUUACACUUUGAGUUACACAACCUUGUGAGCGUAAAUGUCAUGCCUGUGAAUUUGUUGAAUAAUUUAAUUUGGGUAUUAACUUGAUUGAUACGACUUCUUGGCUUGUAAGACUUGACUUUCACUUGACCCAGAAAGUGACUUGUCUAUGUUUGUAUUUCCAGGCAGGAGGGCAACCAGAUAUGGUCGUACAAUAGCAGCGUCAAUCGAUUGUUCCUAGAAGUCAACGUCAGCAACACACCUGCACCUGGACGACCUGCAGAAGACGCUCAUAAUGCUGCUCUGAGCAUCGACAUGCCGCCCUUCCUCAUAUACUCUGCGGUCCGAACAAAGGUAGAGACACUAAGUUACUUUAUUCUUCAACUUUUGGCAGACAAGAAACUGCACCAUGACAAACUACAAUACAGAGUAGAUACUGAAACUGAAACCAUGAACACUGUAAUACUUGAAAUUUAUUUGGGACAGAGCAUUGGGGGACUUGACUUUGAUGGCUUGACUCAACUGGGUUGACCUGCCAGGUAGAGAUUUACCCUUUAGGACUUGAGUCUUCAAGGUCUUAAAGGUAUACCGUGAGGGGUGUUUAUUGAUUUGACUAAUUCUGUAAGACAUGACUAAUUUUCUCGAGGCUAACCUUAGAGGGGUGACUCAUUGGAUUUAGGCCCCAAAGGAUGUGACUGACUGGCUGGAGGCUUUCUUUUUACACCUAUCUUUGUCGACUUGACUGAUUCUGUUGAAUGACUGUGCUGGGACUUACCCUGGUGGAUGUGACCAAUUGGGUUUUGACACCCCUUGUAGGUCUUGACUAAUUGGCCAGACUACUGUAGUUACUCUCCUUUUGUAGUUUCAGAAUGACCUCCGUACUGUAGUGGAGUGUUCAGUCCAGGAUAUGGUUCUUCUUUGUGUCCUGGGGGAACCAUUCAAAAGCAAUGAGAAGGUAGGUGAUAUCCUUGACAAUUUACUAUACUUCGUCUGUAGAGCAAUAUUCCUGCUGACCCUCUUCCUGAUUUUCCAUCUCUCUCUUUAUUUUAGGUUCAGGUUUUGAUCAUAUUUCAGCCAUCUGAGAUCAGUUUAGACACCAGAUUGAUUCAGUCUGUGCUGCGGCUGUCCACGUAUGACAUAAUGACACACACACACACAAACAUGCAUACACUUUUGUAUUAUUUGACAGGUUCUUAGUUGUGUCUCUUUGUCUUCAGGCUUAGUGAGCAGUCUGAUCUGUCUCCUGUUUCCGUCUCUAUGAUAGUCGAGUAUUCACUGCAGACAUCUCUCACUCUGUAAGUAAGGCAAAGUUAUCAAGGUUCACUGUUAACCUUUGAUUUAUAAACCUCACUUCUAUCAUUGGUCAAUUUUGCCCUAAUAGGAUUAAUCCGCCAGGCUUCGUCUCCUUCAGUGGUGAUGUUGUUGGUGAGUCAGCCAUGAAGACCACAGAGGAUGUCGGCAGUUUGGUCCUUUUCACUUUACAGGUUUGUCUAAACUUAGCCUAGCUGUUCAUAGAUUUCAAACAGACCGGGUGUUAAUCUUAUACUUUCUCUGAUAGAUUCACAUCAACGGGAAGCCUUUAGGUCAGCUGGGCAACCUUGGAGUGGAGUUUGAUUGGCCAGUGGAGGUGUCCAAUGGGAAGUGGCUGCUGUACCUCACAGAGAUCCAAAUGAAUGGUACAUCCGAGCCCCGCUGUGCUCCACCUGGCAAGAUCAUCAACCCUCGAAACCUUACGGUACUAACAUCAGCUUCACAUUGACUCCUUUCAAAGUAAAAGCUUGCACACUGCUUAAAGGACCCCUUUGUUAUAGUUUAUAGGAUAUUGCUUGUUAACCAUGGAAAAAAAAAAGAUAAUACAUUCAUGCUUUUUUUUUCAUAAUCAGAACAAACCUCGUUUCCAAAAGUUUUUGAAAAGGACUGUUUGAUUGUUGGUGGUUUUGUCAUUUGGUUUGUUCAGCUGUCGGAGGAGAAGAGGAGGAAGAGGAGUCUGGAUGAGGAAGUGAAACAGAAAGAAGAGUCUCAGGAGAAUAAAAUCCUACCUGUCCUCCAUUUGAAAGGGAAGAAAAGGAAGUCCUACGCCCUGGUAUGAACACAAUCAUUUAUCAAUGCACUAGUGCUUUACAGACUUGCAAGAGUGCCGUAAACCUGACACUGUGAGGUGACUUUAAAUUUACAUUUAAAAGUUCCUUUAAACAAAUACUAAAGAGUACUGGAACAGGCCAUAAACAGUGCCUUGAAACUGAUGCAUAGACCAUCCUGUAUUCAUGUGUAACAUAUACUAAUUUACUGUAUAUGCUACUUUAAAUCAAACAAUGAGGACUUUUAUGCACAACAGUGGGUUUUUUUUUUGUGCAGGACUGUGCGCACGGGGCAAAAUGUGUGAAGUUUGCUUGUCCGCUAUCGAACAUGAACAAUUCUGCAACUCUGACUGUCAAAGCAAGGCUGUGGAACUCCACAAUGAUUGAGGUACAAUAUAUUCAUAGUCUAGUAAAGCUUGUCAUAGAUGUGCAUGAGCUAGCAAACAUAUUGGAGUGCUGGGUGGCCAAAUGGACAAACACUUCCCUCAGGUGAUGGUGGAGACCAAAAGUGAAGAUAAAAAGACAGAAAAGUAAUUAAACAAAACCAUUACUUAUUGUGUUGGGUGGAAACUGGUGAAUAUGAAACUUGAUAAGUGUAUUCCUGCAUCGAAGCCACUGGGUCUGACUAUCUAAAAAUUCACAAUGACUGGGUCAGGGUCUUUCUACCUGAUAGCUGUAUAUCAAUACCUCUUGUUCUCGUCUUACAGGAUUACAGCGAUGCAAGGACUGUGUUGGUUCGAGCCCGGGCAACUCUGAAGCUGCAGACCAAUAAACCAAGCAUCAGCAUGGAGUCUCACAGUACAGAGGUUUCAAGCUGCUCACAUGCUAGCACCUUUUAUUGCCACAGUGCGAUCAGACUCUGUAAUAAUCCAUCUUCUCUUUUCUAGAGUCUUGUGUUGUAACCUCCUGAGUUAAAACUCUCUUCCUCUGCAGAUUGAGGUCCACAUUUACCCUGACCAGGGGGAGCAGAUGGACUCCAGCGCCCCCCUGUGGAUCAUCGUGGUAUCUGUUCUUGCAGGAAUCAUCCUGUUGGCUCUGAUCUGCCUGCUGCUCUGGAAGGUAAACCAGACUGUCGCAUACAAACAGAAAAUCUGCCAGACUGCUGUAGCAACUUGAUCAUAGUUUUAGUUCAGUGUCUACUGUGGACCACAGACCUAUGGGUUAUUAUUAUUAUAUUUUGCUUUGUCUAGGGUUGGGAAUUGAUAACCAGUUGGGUAUAGGAACCAGCUUUAGUUAGUGCAAUAGAAUUUUCAGACACUAUCCGGAUCCUGUCCCUAAAAAAAACUGCUAAUCCGUGAUGAUUUUUGAGUAAUUUUAUUUCUGAUGAAAAUACUUGACAAGGAUUGCUAUCUUUGAUUCAGAGGCUGUACCUCUGACCCCCAAUUAGAGUCUAGGCUUUUCAUCUCAACAGAGCAGCUACAAUAACAAAACACAACAAAAUUUGCGUUGACAAAGAAUUGGUAAAGGGAACUGAUGAAGAAUUACAUCUGUGAGUGGAAUGGAUGGCAUUGGUAUAGACAUAGUCCCAUAAAUUCCCAUCCCUAGAGGUGUCGUCACCAUAACAUCACAUGUUUUCACUGUCAUCACUCGAUCCUGGUUUGUUAAGUACUAUUGUUUCGCCCCCUGCUGUUCAGUGUGGUUUCUUCAAGAGAGCCAGGACCAGAGAGCUGUAUGAACCAAAGACCCAGAAAGCCCACAUAAAGAGCCAGCCAUCUGAGCAUGAGAGGCUUGACCAGGAGCUAUGAGGCUGGGCACACUGCUGGUAGAGCGCUCUGCUGUAAGGACCGGCUACUGGAUGACUGUACUGACUCUUAACCGUCUGUUUCUGACAGUUUUUUGAACAUGACCACUUCUUGCUUCCUGGUUUCUUGCUGCUACUCACUUUUACUCUUUCUGACUGUAACUGAGUGUUUCCAACUCUUCCUGACUGUCACUAUUUCUAACUGUUUGGUUACUUUUAAUCUUUAUCUGCCUAGCAAUUAACUGACUACUACCAUCUUUAUUAUAAUUACUAUAACCUUUAUUUAACCAGGUUUGUCCCACUGAGAUCCAAGAUCUCUUUUGCGAGAGAGGCCUGGCCAAGAAUGGCAGUGCUUAUAGUUUUAAUACAUAAUCACAUUAGUCAUAUACAAUACAAAGAAUACAAAUAAUAAUUGAAUUUUCAAAAUAAGUUAAAAGAAUUUACAAGAUUCGGCAAACAUAUGCACUCAAAUAAAACAUUUGCACUCCUGAAGCCUGGGUGUAAUGGAAUUUAUCAUGGAUUUGAAUACAUUCAGAGAUACCAGACAUUGGAGUUUCAGGUCUGAGAAGAAAAUCUAAAAGCUUUCUUCCCCAUUUCUGUUCUGACCUUAGGAACAGUAAAAUGAUAAAAGUCCUUGGAGUGGAGACUGUAGGCCCUAUUAUUCAAGAUUAAAAUGGAUGAUAAACAAGAUGGAGUCAUCUGAAGAAUAGCCUUAUAAAUCAACACCAAUCAGUACCAAUGGCCAAGCCGGCGCAGAUGUAAAGAUGGCCAAUUUACUUUACUGUAUAAGACACAAUGAUGUGUUAGAGCUCCACAGUUUGUAAUAAACCUCAGAGCACCAUGAUACACACUAUCCAGCAUGUGGAGGCAUUGAACAGAGGCAUUCAUGUAUAACACAUCACCGUAAUCAAUAAUUGGAAGAAAGGUUGACUCUGCUAGUUUCUGUUUCACCCUAAAAGAAAAGCAAGACUUAUUUCUAAAGUAAAAUCCAAGUAAAAUCUUCAACUUCUUUACAGUACAGCAUAUGUGCCUUAAAAGACAUGUGGUCAUCAAUCAAGAACCCCAGAUAACCCCAGAUAACCAACUUUUUCUGAUAUUGUGUCGUUGAUUGUUCCUGACAUCUAACUGGUUAUUACAUGACUAUUUUAAACUUAUUGUUACUGUCUUUCCUGACUUUUUUGACUAAAUACUGACCGACUGCCGCCGACAGACUGUUUCUGCCUGGUUACUCGUCACUCUUGCUGACUUUUUAUUCCCUCGCUUUGGGUCGAAGGGGGCGGGGCUUACCUGGAAAAAGUUCCUCCUCCUUUUUUCCAGCUGAUCUGACUCCUGCCAUGUCAACUCUCUAAUCUUUGUACUUUCGUUGGUCACUUUCUCUCCACUCAUGCUUUACUGCACUUUUUUUUCUAUCAGUAGUAGAUGGUCGAUGUAUUGAUACAUUUUCAUUAAUCACUCUUUCUCACUUUCUAAAUUCAGCAUAAACAGCUGCCUCACUGGCCACUUGAUAGUGCCAGUGGUCUCAUAUAUUCACCCUUCUCCAUGUUUUGAUUGCAGUUCGGUUUCUUUGAGCGUCGGAGGGCAUGGCGGGCCACAGUGCUCCACCAGGGGAGGAUUAUGGGUAAAGAAGAACAGCAGCAGUAUACUGACACUGAUGGUUUUCUGAUCCAAAACCACGUGUCCUCAUCCAGAAGCAGAAAGUCCCCAAAACACUGGGUCACUUUAUGGACGGAGACACAGUAAAAGACCAGCGGUGUUCGUGAAAACAGACUCUGAACUGGACCAACAAAUCCUGAACCAAGUCAGAUCAACAAGUGUGAACCAAAUCGGAAGAACACAUCCCAAAGUAGACCACACAAGAUCAACACAUCUUGACCAAGAUCACACCAGAACAAACCAGACCAACAAACCAAACAAAACUGGUUGGCUUUAAGCUGGGUCGACACAUCCUGAGUCAUACAACACCAGAACAACAUGUCUCACAGAUGAACCAGACCAUACCUGAAUGGGAACAAAGACAGCCAGUACAGAAAAACUAAACGUGGACCAGACCAAACCAGUUGGACCAACACACCCUUGAACUGUACAGCAUCAGACCAACACAUCUCAGACUGGACAGAACCAAACAGACACAUCCUGAAUUGGACCAAACAAGACCAACCCAGAAAGUUUCAUCAUGGACCAGACACAAUCAGAUCAACCUGGCCAGGAUUUGACCAGCACUUCCUGAGCCAGAAAUGGAUAAGGCGACACAAGAUCAGCCCACAGCAGCUCAACAUGACCCACACAAAACAGAACCAGAGCAAUGCAUCCUGAAUCCAGCCAAACCAAGAUUUAAUGUAAAUUGUGCUGAUCCUCAGACACACAACACCGGAUUAACAUAUCCUAAUUUUGAUCAAACCUUAAUGAGACAAUACAAGAUAUACCCAGAACAACUCAUUAUCGACCAAACCAAACUGACCAAACCAUUUUGGUCCCCACCGUCACAUCUUGAAUUAUUGGGAACCUGAAGGAAACAGCCAGAAUAGGACCAAAAAACACUGAAAAAUCCUCAGCCAGUUCAAUCCAGGCCAACAUAUUUUCAGUAAGGUCAAAUUUGACCAAUGCAUCCAAAAUGAGACCAAACAAGACCAUCCAAGAACCAGACCAAGUAGUGCCCAACCCAUCCUGAACUGACUAGCACAUCCACCAGACCAAACAACAAUAAUGUCAACCUUGACUGCUCAACUACAACCCGAAAUGGACCCAUCCAACAUGUCCUGCACCACACAAGACCAAGAUAUUCGGGACCAAAGUGGACCAAAAUGAACCAAACACUGCCAUUUAAUACCUGCCUUCCUGUGUGCUUGUGUGUCUGCUGUUUAACGAAAACCUGCUUUAGUGUUUACAAUCUGUGUACACAGGUUUUCUUUUCUUUUACGGUGUAUUUUGAUGUUUAAGUCUAUCUGAAGUGUGUGGUUCCUCAUGUGUUUUUUUUCAUUUCCUUAUAACCUCUCUGCCUCCUGGAAAGAUAAUAUGUGAGAGACCAAUGAUAUUGAAUAAGAGGUGGUUCUUGUCUUUGAGUUAGUCGGCUGUGGACACUCGAGGCGACCGAAAGGCCGACUGAUCUAUGAGAAAGACGGUAAACAAUACCUGAUUCAGUGAAUUUAAGAGCCAAACAUUACAGCAGAAGUGAGUGUGAAAUGAGUUUUGAUGUUGUUAUGUCGAUGUGCUGCCUUCAAGGGCGCCUUAAAAUACA